AAAAUGCAGGACAUUUAAUUUUGUGCAGAUAGAAAUAACUAGCUAUACGUUACAAACAAGCAAGAUGCCUACCUACAAGCUAAUGUACUUUGAGGGAAAGGGGCGUGCUGAGGCAAUCAGAUUGGCCCUAACAGCCGCAGGACAGGAAUUCGAGGACAAAAGGUUUACAAGAGAAGAAUGGUUAAAAGUCAAACCAACUAUCCCACAGAAGCAAUUGCCAUGUCUGCAGGUGGAUGGCCGAUACAUUCCCCAAUCUGCUGCCAUAUUGAGAUAUGUCGGGAGAGAAUUUGGUUUAUAUGGUGAAAAUAAUGACGAAAGCACGCGAAUUGACGUUAUUUUUGGGGCUACUGAGGACUUCUUAAAAAACGUCAUUAAUGUAUAUUACGAGAAGGACGAAACAAAAAAAGCAGAAUUAAAGAAAGAUCUUGAAGAAAACAAACUGCCACAAUUUCUCGAUUUACUGGAAGAAAUACUAAAGGAAAAUAAUGGAGGGGAUGGGUUCUUUGUAGGAAAUAAAAUGUCGAUUGCCGACCUUUUGAUCUUUGACACAGUAGAUCAAGUCGGUAGUUUUGUUAAAUCUCCACCAUCUUUUCCACCCAAGCUUGGGGCUCUAAUAGAGAAAGUGAAAAACAAUCCGAGAAUUAAGGAAUACAUCUCAAAACAAAUAAAAUGCAUGACAUAUGAGCAGACAGUAUUUACUAUCUUUACAUUACUAAAGAGCAAGAUGCCUACCUACAAGCUAAUGUACUUCGAGGUUAAGGGGCGAGCUGAGGUAAUCAGAUUAGCCCUAACAGCCGCAGGACAAGAAUUCGAGGACAAGAGGUUUACAAGAGAAGAAUGGUUAAAAGUCAAACCAACUAUCCCUCAGAACCAAUUACCAUGUCUGCAGGUGGAUGGCCGAAUCAUUCCCCAAUCUCGGGCUAUACUCAGAUACGUCGGGAGAGUCUUUGGUUUAUAUGGUGAAAAUAUUGACGAAAGCACGCAAAUUGAUGUUAUUAUCGGGGCUAAUGAUGACUUCUUUAAAGUCGUCAUGGGUGUAUAUUACGAGAAAGACGAAACAAAACAAGCAGAAUUGAAGAAAGAUCUUGAAGAAACCAAACUGCCACAAUUUUUCAAGUUAAUGGAGGGAAUAUUGAAGGAAAAUAAUGGAGGGGAUGGGUUCUUUGUAGGAAAUAAAAUGACGAUUGCCGACCUUUUGAUCUUUGACACAGCAGAUCAAGUCGGUAGUUUUGUUAAACUUCCACCUCUUCCACCCAAGCUCGGAGCUCUGAUGGAGAAAGUGAAAAACAAUUCGAGAAUUAAGGAGUACAUCUCAAAACAAACAUCAAAAUAAACAGGAGAAUGUGAUGUGCAAUCCCCCAUUAUUGGAUACUUACAGCUACAGAAAGUGUGGUUGAUGGACAUGGGAUACACUAGUAAAACCAUUAGUUUACAUUCAGCAGGAAUCAUUUUUAGUAGUGUAUAAUUACCUUAGAUGUACAAGUUAGUUAUUCAUUAAUAGACUGUUCAUCUAUGUGAACCUGAUAAGUGUGUUAAUUAAUAAAGAUGUGGUUUGCUGACACCGUAUCUAAAUUGA